UUUAUCAAUCUUCUUCAGACUUGUCUCUGACUAGUUCAAUUCUUGUCAGACCGUGGCUUUCCGGGCGAUUAUUAUUUAAACGUCCUGCCCCGCGCCUUGCUUUUAUCUGGAAAUCGCAAGAAAGGGUUGUUUUCAAGGGUUCUUCUUCUGUUGAUCUGUGAAUGCUUUUUUUUUCUCUUCCUAAUUGGAGACUUCUUGUUUACAAUCUUUUCUUAUUCGCCGCGACGUCCUUUUACCAGACGAACAUAACGGUACAUACAUAAGCGACUUAAUAUCUCCUCUGAUUAUCUAUAUACGCACAACUUAAUCCUACGAAGCCACGAAUAUAUUGCAUUGCAUUACUAUCCAAAAUGUUCUGGAAGACAGCUCUCAGUCUCCUUUCCUGCGCUCUCGCUGUGUCUGCCAUCCCACAGCAAACACCAUCGCCUUCCUCCUCCUCUUACUACACUCCAAGCUCUUCAGUGACUGUCCCGCCCUCAUCGACCAUCACACCGCCGCCAGCCACACUCAGCUGCUCAUCCGGAUCAACCAUCCUAUACACAACAGACUGCACGAUGGGCUUCCCGAUCUCAUACUGCCAUAGUCCCGAGCCCCCAAUCCAGUGUUCGUCAGGCUACUAUCCUUCCGUGUGGCACCCGGAACAUUGCGUCGCGGAAUCAACAUGCUAUCCGGUUGAUUCGCCAUACAUUACCACGAAGUGCUCGAACGGUGGAACCCCUUACACGACUAGCACUCUCUACGAGGGCACUCUGGCUGGCGGAGAGUCAACGACUAUAACCAACGUCGGCUGCUCCUGCGCCGCCAACCAAUGGUACAGCAUGACUCUCGGACCCGGUGGCUCGACCGUCGACACGUACUGUAUGCCUCACAGCGCGUGCCCGGCUGGAAUGAGUACUUCCGUGAGCACGAAUAGCUACUGUGCCACGGCUCCAGCGAGUGCUUGCUCGGACAUUCCUCUCACGACGGAUUUUUGCGUCUGCCAGAACCCAACUGCGACGGCUGUUUACCCAUCUGGUGAUGGAGCUGUCGCGACUGGGUGCGCGUGAUUUGUAUAGUUGUUGUUGCUGUUCGUUUGGAAUGAGGGAGUUUAGUUGAUCAUGAUGAUUUGAUGAGAUACGAACGCGUGGGAUUUAAUGGUGCGGUAAUUGGUAUGUAUAUU